ACGUCACAUGCAUUAAUGACCACAUUCCGACGGCAUUUGAACGCAGCAGUUUCUGGAGAUGAGGGACACGCCCAUGUCGACCGACAUAUCUCCUUCGCCAUUGGUCAACAGUGUCCGUUAAGUGUGGAUUUCCAGGCUUCCCAUUGGCUGGCGCCUGGCCGUGGUAGCAUCUGUGCUUCGCGCUGUGCCCAGCUGUCCUCCUUGCACACACCGCAAGCAAGCACCCAGGAGAGCGAGCUCAAGAAAAGGCGAGGAAAUAACCGGAGUCUGGCUGCCAACAUGGGGUCCAUGCGAAUUCUCAUCAAGGGAGGCAAAGUGGUCAAUGAUGACUUCACCCAGGAAGCAGAUGUUUACAUCGAAAAUGGCAUCAUUCAGCAGGUUGGGAAGGAGCUGAUGAUUCCGGGCGGGGCCAAGGUGAUUGACGCAUCCGGAAAGCUGGUGCUGCCCGGCGGAAUUGACACCUCCGUGCAUCUGCAGCAGACUUUCAUGAACGCCGCCAUCCAGGACGAUUUCUACAGUGGCACCAAGGCGGCUCUGAUGGGUGGUACCACAAUGGUGAUGGCGCUGGUCCUGCCUGAGCAACACUGCUCCCUCGUGGACGCCUAUGAGAACUGCCGAGCUCUUGCUGACGUCAAGGCGUGCUGCGACUACGCUCUGCAUGUUGGCUUGACCUGGUGGGGGCCAAAGGUGCGGAACGAGAUGGAGACGCUGGUGAGGGAGCACGGGGUGAACUCCUUCCAGAUGUUCAUGGCCUACAAGGAUAUGAUGAUGCUGAGGGACUCUGAACUGUACCAGGCGUUGCAGACCUGCAAGGACAUCGGCGCCGUCGCGCGUGUCCACGCCGAGAAUGGCGAGCUGGUCGCGGAGGGUGCUAAAGAGGCUCUGGAUCUGGGUAUCAGUGGACCCGAAGGCAUUGAGGUCAGCCGUCCAGAAGAGCUGGAGUCAGAGGCCACACACAGAGCGGUCACAAUCGCCAACAGGGCUCACUGCCCGAUCUACCUGGUGAAUGUGUCCAGUAUGUCCGCUGGGGAUAUGAUUGCAGCUGCCAAGAUGCAGGGUAAGGUGGUCCACGCAGAGACCACAGUCGCUCAUGCGGUUUUGAACGGCAUGCAGUAUUACCACCAGGACUGGGCUCACGCUGCCGCCCACGUCAUCGUGCCUCCGCUGCGCCUCGACCCCAACACCCCUGGCUACCUCAUGGGACUGUUGGGCAAUGACACGCUGAGCGUUGUGGCAUCAGAACACCGUCCGUUUAGCACCAAGCAGAGGGCCUUGGGCAAGGAGGACUUCACCAAGAUCCCCCAUGGGGUGCCUGGAGUCCAGGACAGGAUGAGCGUCAUCUGGGAGAGGGGGGUGGUUACAGGAAAGAUGGACGAGAAUCGUUUUGUGGCCGUGACGAGCGCUAACGCCGCAAAGAUCUACAACAUGUAUCCGCGCAAGGGUCGCAUCAUCCCCGGAGCGGACGCCGAUGUGGUGGUGUGGGAUCCAGAUGCAACCAGGAUGAUCUCCGUUGGCACUCAGGUGCAAGGAGGAGACUUCAACCUGUAUGAGGGACUGCGCUGCCACGGUGUUCCUCUAGUCACCAUCAGCCGCGGACGUUUGGUGUGCGAGAACGCAAUGUUCAUGUGCGCCGAAGGCUCCGGAAAAUUCUAUCCGCAACGGACUUUCCCUGAUUACCUGUACAAGAAGAUGGUGCAGAGAGAAAAAGCUCAGGCAUAUAAAGGGGUUGACAGGGAUCCCUAUUCUGGCGAUGUGGUCAAAGUUGCCAACACUAUGAAGAAGGAGCUUGGUUUGAGCCCCAUCGAUGGAGACGGCACUAACAAAGGCGUGGUGAGGGCGCAACAGGGGGUUCGGGACCUCCAUGAGAGCUCCUUUAGCCUCUCGGGGUCUCAGGUUGAUGAUCACAUCCCCAAGAGGUCCUCGGCUCGGAUCCUGGCCCCCCCGGGUGGUCGCUCCAGUGGAAUCUGGUAAACUCCGGCCCGAGGAAAUCAGCCGUCCUAGCCUCCUUGUUUUAUUUUAUUUUUUAAAUAUUUCCGAAUAACCAAGAAAACUGCACUGAUUUUAAAACUCAAGUUUAAUGGUAAAAGGGAAAUUGUUCUCCGCGAUUGGCCAAGACUUAAACAUGUGAUCAGUUUGCCGAAGUGAUUUUU